AUGAACGCGGUGGUGCCCCGCGGUGCCACCUACCCCACCGCGCGUCCCGCAGUGGAUGCGGAGCAGGACUACCAAAACCUGUCUUCUCAAGCCGGCGACGAGCCGUCGAGGGGGGACGUUGCGACCGCCGCGGUGGGGCGCAAUGGCGGCCUGCGUCGCGGCAGCCCGCAGCGGCAGCAACGCUCUGUCGCCCGUCUGCACGCAGACACCGUCGCAGCCGAGGACAGUGCGCCCUGUCCGCACCGGGCGGGCUGCCACCAUAACCAUCACCACUGCCACCGCGCUCAUCGCCACACCCACCAUAACCACCCAGCAAGAGCGAGGAAAGCGGUGGCACCCACAGCCACCACUACCACCGCUGCUGCGCCAGCUGCUGACACGCACCCGCGUACCUUCUCCCAAGACCUGCUCUUGGCCCAGCCCUCCGGCACGAGCGACAGGAGCGGCAGUUGCGGCUCUAGUUGCCCUUCUAGCAGCAGCAGCGGCAGUCACAGCACUUGCAGCUACGACACCUUCACAGCAAACUGCAGCUCGGCCACGAGCUUCAUAUCCGUCCAGACACCGGUUAGCUUGAUCGACACGACAUACCACACGUUGUUUUCUCCGGAGCUGUCGUGGCUCAAUCGCGAGGCCAUCGUGGAGCAUAUCGUCGGACAUCGCCCGCGCGCGUACCACAAGUGGGUGUGGCGCAAGGCAAGGGACUACCAGGAGCUGCACGCGCUGAGCGUUCACAAAAACAGCGUGUAUCAGCAGCUGACCACAGCUGCUGGUCGCUCCGUAGUGAUGGAAGCCAGGACAGGGGGUAUGACCGCGGCGCACCUGCACUCCGCCUUCAAGGUGUCGCCGACCGCCUCCUUGACGCCGCCGCCGGGUGACGCCGCCGGUGGUGCCUCCGUGGGCAGCGGGAGGGCGUCGUUGGAGAUACCACUGCAGACCGCGCCGUCGGACCCGUCCUCGAGUCCAGUCGCCCCGGUCGUCGGGCUUGCAGACGCCAGGGAAGGCGUGAGCGACGCUGGAAGGGGCGCCGCGGCGGAGAGUUUGGCCCGCACAUGGACCACAGCAGCAUCGCCACCGACGGAGUCUCCUCUGGGCUUACAUCCCUUGCCGUCGACCGGCAGCUCCGACAAGGUGGCCGGCGGCUCGAGGCUACCACCUAUCUCUUCCUCCGCUUCGAGCGAUAUGCCCUGUGAGCUGAUGAGCCAGCUCCCCAUGUACACGAUACCGACGUCGCAGCAGGGGCCCGAGUGCUUCAAGACGGCCGCCCAGGGCGGCACCAGCACGCUGAUCAUCGUCAUGAUGGGCCUGCCCGCCCGCGGCAAGACGUUCCUGGCGCAAAAAAUUUGCCGGCUGCUGAGGUGGCACGGGAGCCGCGCGAAGAUGCAGAACAUCCAGGUGGCGUGGCGCCGCAUGCUGCUAGACUGGGAGGCGGCGCAUCCGGAGAUGGCGGCGUGCAGCGCACACGCAGAGGCAGAGCAGGCGGAGGAGCAGGAGCAGGAGGCAAGUGCGCCCGCUGGUGAAGGGAGCGUCGCCGACGAGGGGCCGCCUGGCGAGCGAGGCGCCUCCCAUAGGAUUCCGCGACCUAUAGGGAUGCCAGCUGACGAGGGCACCUCCACAGCCUCUUCGCAGGCGGCUGCGAGCAUAGCGCCGGCACCGCCCGCGUUUACUCGGUCAAACUCUCUUGCAGACACCAACUCGACGCCGGUCGCGCGCAACUUGGCGACGGGGUCCCUGAACGCAUCCGCGCGGUGUGCCGUGACUGCAAGCCUGAGCAGCGGGUCCGCGCUGACUUCAUCCAUGCCCUCUGCGAGGAAGACCACCGCGGCGACAGCCACCACCGUGAACGCCAUUUUCAGAGCAGGGUAUGACUACAGCUGCACCCUCUCCGACACUGGCGUCGCUGCGGGGCCGCUGACGUCCGCGAACACCUCCAUUGUCUGCCUCGACUGCAGCGCAUCACCCGUGUGCCCGUCCAUGCAGGCGCACACGGCCUCCUCGCUCGAGGACAGCGCCGCGAUACCCGCAUCAGACGUUGCCUCUGCCUCUUCUUUACUAUCAGGGACGCGCCACCCCGCUAACGUGGUGGCCGACGUCACCGCAAAUGCCCCGCGUGGUUUCCUUGUGCGACACUCGUCGACUGCCGCCAUGUCAGCGGAGACGACGAGUGACAGCGGCGGGCCGAGACUUGAGGCUUCUGCAGGGGAGUCGCCGUGCACGACCGCCGGCGUCGACAGCUUCCCGCCGCCGCCGCCGCCGCCGCCGGAGGUGCUGCGCACUCGGCACUUCCGAGAGCUCAUCAAGCGGCCCGCGAGCGUCGCUCGGCGCCUCUACCGCCACGUGCUGCAAAGCUUUUCGGAGGACUGCCGCCUCUUCUUCCAGCACGGCGGCGAGGUGGUUGUGCUGAACGACGACUUCAUUACAGAGGAGCUGCGGCAGGAGGCGGAGGCGCUGUUCCGCCCACUGGCGACGCAGUUCUUCUACAUAGAGGUGAUCCGAGACGCCGAGGAGGACCCGCUCGACUUUGUGCGGUGCAAGAUUCGCGAUCCGAUGGAGUAUCCGCUCAGCGUCAUCGACCCCGCGUCGGCUUCGGACGACUUCCACGAGCGGCUGGCGUUUUUGGAGAGCGUGUACGAGACGCUGACGGAGGCACCCAAUACGAAGAGGAACGCGCGCCAGACACCAACCGCGCGUGCUUCUGGGGCUACUGCGAGCGUCGAUAUCGCGGAUGGCCUCGAUGCCAAGGCGUCGGUCGAGCGUGACACGGGGCUUGCCUGCCCGCCCACGACGUCGCCGGAGUCAACGCACCACCGGCAACAGUCGACGCGGACGCGCGGCUACGUGAAGAUUAUGAACUCGAGCACGAUUGAGACCCACGGCAUCUCUGGUUACCUGGCCAGCCGCAUAAUCUCGUACGUCAUGAACCUGUCGCAGGUGAAGAUCCAGCAUCCUAUCUACUUUGUGCUUCACGGUGAGAGCUACUACAAUGUGGAGGGCCGCAUCGGUGGCAACCCGCCGCUCACGGAACAGGGCAUGCGGGACGCUGUGGCGCUGCUCGAGUUCCUUGGCUCGCUGAAGCGCCACCUCGAACACGUAGACCGUGUGCAGCGCGCACAUCAUCACAAUCAGCAACGCCUUCACUCGGGAGCGGCUGGCAACGACGAGGGCAGCAGCACGGCAACUGAAGCCUCUGCAAACACGGCGAGUACGCUGGAGAUGUGGACAAGCCAGCUGCGGCGCGCCAUUCAGACCACUGAACUGAGCGAGCGUCUGCUGAACAUCCGCACGCUGCGCUGGAGCAGCCUCAACGAGAUCCACGCCGGGGUAUGCGAGGACAUGACAUACGCCGAGGUAAAGGAGCGCUACCCGCUCAUCGACUACUUUAGCAAGCUCAACAAGUACAGCUUCCGGUACCCCGAGGGCGAGAGCUACCAGGACCUCGUCAUUCGACUGGAGCCCGUCAUCAUGGAGCUCGAGAACGCCGACAAGGUCGUUGUCGUCGUGGCGCACCAGGCAGUGCUGCGCUGCCUGCUUGCCUACUUUGGCAGCACCUCGGCGGAGAGCAGUAUCGGCGUCGAGGUGCCGCAUCGCACAGUUUGGCGCUGCACGUACGAUUCGAAGGGGAUCGCCAUCCUGGACGAGUUGAAGCUGGACAGCAAUGAGGCAGGCUCCCACCUUCCGAGACGAGAGGGCUCGCCGACAGCGUCGGCGGCGAACACGUCGAGCACCUGA